AUCUUUAACUGCAUAUGAAAUCUCAAUUUGAAGUAUACUUGAGAUUAAAGCCAUCCAAUAAGUAAUUAUUGUAAUUUAAGCAGUCAAUCUUAAAAUGCCAUGCAAUAUCAAUUGUAUCAUAAUAAGCGAUUAUAAGUCCUAUUGCCCAGACAUGUCAAAUUUGGAUUAGUCAAUAAUAGCAGAGAUAAUCUAGAAUUCAAUUUCACUCAUGUGUUCGAUCAAAAGUCUACUCAAGAAUAAGUAUUCAGCACUGUCACCAUCCCAGUCAUUAACAGGUAAAGAACUUAUUCACAUCCUACUUAGUUUCCUAGAUGGCUAUAAUGCUACCAUCUUUGCUUAUGGUUAAACUGGAUCGGGUAAGACAUACACCAUGAGUGGUGCUGAAACUUGGCAAUUACGAGGAGUCAUCCCAAGAGCACUCUCCUACAUUUUUGAUGAAAUCGAUAAACGAACCAAGUUCCAAUAUAAAAUCUACAUCUCCUUCAUGGAAAUUUAUAAUGAAAAUGCCUAUGAUUUAUUAGAAAAGAGACAUCUUGAAACCCCUCUCGAGUAAUGGAACAAAGUAUUAACUUUCUGUUAGACUAUUAGAUUGCACUAUAUGAAGACGAUCAAAAUAACAUACACCUCAAAAACUUGUCAAUUCAUUAGUGCAAUAACGAACAAGAAGGAAUUGAUCUACUCAUGAUGGGCAACUUUAUUAGACAAGUAAGUUCCACUCCAAUGAAUCAAUCAAGUUCAAGAUCCCAUUGCAUAUUCACUGUGACUCUUGAAGGCUGCGACACAACCAGUGAAACCUGUUUCGUAAGCAAAUUGCACUUAGUCGAUUUGGCUGGAUCGGAGAGAAUCAGCAAAUCUUAAGUGGAAGGCAACCUCCUUAACGAAGCUAAAUAUAUCAAUCUUUCAUUAACCUACUUAGAAUAAGUCAUAAUAGCCUUAAAUGAAAGAAUGAAGGGUGCCAAUAGAUAACAUAUACCAUACAGGAAUUCAUUGAUGACCACUCUCCUCAAAGAUUCUCUGGGAGGCAAUUGUAAAACGGUCAUGAUUUCAACAAUUAGUUCUGAAAAUGAUAACAUUGAAGAGACCUUGUCAACAUUAAGGUUUAGUUAAAGAGUUGGCCAAUUAGAAAAUGAGGUAUUGUAAUGGAUUUAAUUAUUAUUUAAAGAUAAGAAGAAACGAAAAAGUAGAUUUAGAAGCAGUAGUCAAAAGGUUGGAAUAGGAGAAGCUCGUCCUUAUAAGAGAAUUAGAAUAAUUUCAAAGAGGUGGCAAUGUCAACUCAAACAAUAAGAAAUUGUAAACCUAAUAAUAAAUGUUGCCUCUGUCUAAUGGGCCACCUCUGAAUCCAAAGGAAAUCUCAGAAAAAGUAGAACUCUAUUUAAAUGAACGCAUUUCUUAAUUAGAUAUUAAAAGUGUGGAGGAAGCUUAAUUGUGCUUUGAAGCCAUGAAGGACCUGUAUAACACAAGAAUGAAGGAAUACGUUCAUGAACUUACAUUUAUCUCUGAGAAGCUAUAGAAAUAUGACGAACUCUUAACCAGAAAGUAAUUAUCAUUUUAAACAUUCUAGGAAAGAACAGAGUUCCUUUUUAGAACAAAAAGAAAACAGUUCUCCUGAAGUUGAAGUUUAUAGAAGAAAUGAAUCUCCUUAAAUCAAUUUAAAAAAGAAACCAAAUUAGUGAUAGACUUAUAUAUAUUUCUUUGAU